UUCGUCUGAUACUACUUUCCGAAAAUUAUAUUUAAAAUAAUCUGUAAACUCGACCGGAGAUUUGAGUGCCAAAAGGUCAAAUAGGCAUUCAAUUAUAUGUCUCAGAAACGUAUUACAUGAACAUACUUAAGUUACUGUCAGUUACGUAGUAUCUGUUGUGCGCAAAUAUCGUUCGUUAGUUCGUUCGUUGCACUUUGCCUUGGGAAUCAAGAGCAAUGAAGGCCUUCCUAAUAAUUUCGUUAAUUACUUCUGCCUUCGCUGACAAGAGAUGUCGUGGAAUUGAUUUCGACCAAAAAUAUUUCAACCUUGAUAUAAUCAAAGAUGGUAUAAACCACCUACAUGACCUUGCUUUAAACAGAAAUGACAAUAAUGUGUAUUUCACAUACGAAAGUUUAUCUGAAGAACCUUCAAAAGUCUUGGGCUAUCUGGAUAUCGUUACAAAGAAAGCAGACGUCGUACAUGGUAUUCGUAAUGCAACUGCUGUUACAAUAGAUCAAUUCUACGGUAAAGUAUACGUUGGUGGUGCAGAUGGACUUUUUAAAAUAAAUGAUCAAAAGUUAGUAGAAAGGCUUCCAAUACAAGAUGAUAUAAGAAGUCUCUAUUAUAGAGACGCGUUAUACUUUACAAAUAGGAAUAAAGAAGCAUACAAGUUCGAAGAUGGAUAUGCCACUUUAGUAAGAGAACUGCGUGGAGUUAAAGUUGAUAAAUUCGUUAUAGAUAACGACGACAACAUAUUUUUCACAAUUGAUAAGAAGUUAUUUAGAGUUAAAUUAGGAACAAGAGCUAUAAACUCACAUGAAAUGUACACAGUUGAUUACUUAACCACUGACAUAUAUCAUAGGGCGUACAUUUGCACAAGUAAAGGAGUGUACGUGUAUAACAAAUACAAAUACGUUUAUGAUAAAGUAUCUAAUACAGCUGGAUUAAAGGGUUUAACAUUUAACAAGAGAAAUGAACCGCUUUACGCAGUAGCUGAUUACUUAGUUAAAUUAAAAUUAAGUGAAAUACCUUGUUUCGAAGAUUAAAGUUCGUAUACCGGAUAUUAAUGAAGUAAUGUUGAUGUACUAACAACAUUUAUCUCUAAAUUAGAAAUUCUUAACAAAUGUGCUUUAGUCGUGAAA